AUGACAAAAAUGGUGUAUAUAAUGUCAUGCCCAACAGGAAGUGACGUGUCAUCAACGAUGCAAAUGAUGUCAUCACAAUCUGCAAGUAACAUGUCAUCAAUGGUGCAUGUGACGUCAUCACAAUCUGCAAGUAACGUGACAUCAGUAGUGCAUAUGAUUUCAUGCCCAACAGCAAUUGACGUGUCAUCAACGAUGCAAAUGAUGCUAUCUCCAUCCGCAAGCGACAUGUCAUCAAUGACACAUAUGAUGCCAUCACAAUCUGCAAGUAAUAUGUCGUCAAUUGUGCAUAUGACGCCAUCCCAAACAGCGAGUGACGAUUCAUCAAUGAUGCAUAUAGUGUCAUCCCCAUCUGCAAGUGACGAGACAUCAGUGGUGCAUACGAUGCCAUCACCACCUGCAAGUGACAAUUCAUCAAUGAUGCAUAUGAUUCCAUCGUCAUCUACAAGUGUAUCCCCAUCUGCAAGUGACAAUUCGUCAAUGAUGCAUAUGAUACCAUCCUCAUCUGCAAGUGACAUGUCAUCAAUGGUGCAUAUAGGACCAUCCCUAUCUACAAGUGACAAAACAUCAGUGGUGCAUACGAUGUCAUCCCCAUCUUCAAGUGACGAUUCAUCAAUGAUGCAUAUGAUUCCAUCGUCAUCUACAAGUGUAUCCCCAUCUGCAAGUGACAAUUCGUCAAUGAUGCAUAUGGUGCCAUCCUCAUCUGCAAGUGACAUGUCAUCAAUAUUGCAUGUUAUGCCAUCCUCAUUUGCAAGUGACACGUCAUCAAUGGGGCAUAUAAUGCCAUCCUCAUCUGCAAGUGACAAGACAUCAGUGAUGCGUAUGAUGCCAUCCUCAUCUGCAAGUAACAAUUCAUCAAUGAUGCGUGUGAUGUCAUCCCCAUCUGCAAGUGACAUAUCAUCAAUGAUGCCUGAGAUGUCAUCACCAACCACCUCUGAAAGUAAGUGAUGAAAUGCUUUUAGAUUUUGGAAGAAACUGUGAGAAGAGUAAGAUGUUCAUAACGAAACUUUUAACUUACGAACCAUUUCUACUUUUGCGAAAAAGCAAAAAAUAUCUGAUUGAAUUUGAGUGAGGCAAAUGAAUUUUCUCUGUAUGUGUCACUUGUUUUAUUAGUUCUUUUUUUAAAUUUAGCUCACAUUUCUUUUAUUUUGAAGUGUUUAAAUAGUGUAGCCGCAUUGAAGGAUAUCAUUGAUCAUAUCCUUACCUUGAUGAAGACAAUGUCAAUAAGCGACAUUACGUUUACUUCUUUGAAAAGUUAGCGAAAGCUUAGCAAUUAUGGGCACUGAUUUGAUUUAAAACGUGGAAAUGUAUUUUGUAUUUAGUUAUACCGAUGAAGACAACAUAUGUCUAACACAUAUGCGAAAACAUUCCAUCUUAAUCCCGACUGAAUUAUUCGCGUCUUCACCUUUAGAAAUAAGUGCUGUAAUCCAAACUCAUGCGAAAACGAUGGAACUUGCUCAGAAAAUGGUAAAACGUUCAAAUGUAAUGUACUUCAGCGUUUGAAGGGACAACCUGCAAAUCAGAUAUGGGCCUGUAUGACACCUCUCGUUCCAGUAAUAUAUCGUUCCAGCGAAGUACCGCUAAGUAGGAAGUAAUACAUGUGUGCACGUAGUGGUUAGAAAAAGCGGGUUCUGACGUUUUCUCUAAAUUAACCUUGAUUUUAAAGGCAAAUCACGAAUUUAACCUGGAAAUCAAGGUUGAUUUGUGUAACUCCCCUACACGAACUCUGCCUCUGUUGUAGUGGUUGCAGAAAAGUUGAUAGGUUUUUCAUCACUGAACCAGAAAGAAGAAGCAUCGACGGUUGAAUCGUUGUCAAUCUCUUUCACCCAAUGACAGCUGAUAAUUUUUCAUCUCCUAGGAGCUGUUGGGUAUGUUUUCGGAUCAAAGUCCAUUUUUUUUAACAUACCUUACUCCUCCUUCAAAAUCAAUAUGAUAAAUCCAAAAAUCUUCUCUUUUUUUUUGUCUCUCUGUUUUUGCUCCACCAAUCGUUAAAUACCCUGACUCUCUUGACAGAGAAAUCCACCAGAUUCUAUUUCCAAUCAAAGGAUAUUUCAAUUUGUUAUUCGCUCGUUUCAAGGAUCAUCUGUUUUGAUUCAAGAUAGCAAAACAGAGACGAUGCGGAAAAGAAGAGGAAAAUUUGAAAGGGAGAUCAAAUACUCUGUCAUUAGAGACAGAGAAAAAGUGUCUUUCAUUGUUUUUCUAAGUGGAUGUUCUAGGUCUUCGUGAAAUUUUCUGUUUUGUGUUGCACGGUUGUACAAUCCUAAUUGAUCGAAAGCAGUGGCACAAAAUUUAUUUUGAUAAGUACUUCACUGUAUGAGUUUUGUCGGUAUAAUACCAGCAUGAUUGCUUUUUCUUAGAUGAAUGUCUCAAUGAGAAAUUUCGUUUUGCAUAUUUUGACAAAAAAGAGAAUAAAUCGAUUGUUUCUGUUUUCAUCAUCAUACUUCUUGUUUGCUGCGUCUUCAUUGUCAGUUGGAUUGGCAAGAUUGACGAUCUUUUUACUGUUCUUAUCUUUAUCCGUUUCUGCUGCGGGUCUAUUGAGAAACUCAUUUUGAUAGUUUUUUUUCAAAUCAACGAAUUCCUUCAAAAGACAACGCAGUUCCAGAGGAACAAUCUGAAUCUCUUCUCCGACGAAACCACGCUUUGGUUUUUUUUUCAGAUAGUAAAGAAUAGGCUCAUUCUUAGUCACAAUCGAUCUCUCGAUAUUGCAGAUCUUCAGAGACCUUUUAUUGUUUCAAUAUGUUGAUAUAUUAUUGUUGAUCUUUUUUAUACAGAGACGCCUACCCAAACAUUUGCCUGUACAAUGAAACUGGAUCAAGAUUAUAAAAAGGAAUAUGAUGACAUCAACUCAAACGAAUCUCGUGCCUUCAUUGAAGAUUUGGACUCGAAAUUAAAACCAUUUUUCAAAAAGGAAUUUCCAGAUUUGAUAAAAAUUAUUUACAAACGUUUUUUCAAAGGAAGUGUUGGCGUUGACUAUGAAUUGCUCUUUCCAACAACCUCAACUGUGACCGAUGGCAACAUCGUGCAAGCUCUUAGAGAAGGUAAUGGCACAAACGAUCUGGGAUUGACGCUGACAGGAGAUAUAACCGUAACGAAGCAGGUUGUUCAGACGACAGCAGCACCGACGACAGCAGCACCGACGACAGCAGCACCAACUGCAACCAAAGGUAACUUACAGCGUCUUUUUAUUUUUUAUGUUAUAUUUUUAUCCGUUUAACUACACUAACUCGAAAUGAAGAUUAUCACAUUUCUGGCUAGAACCUAUCUUUAUGACAUGUAUACUUUUGAGGAACAUUUCCAUCCAAGGAAUAUAUUUCCACUCAAACCGCCUUCCAAACUAUUUUGUGUUUUCCAAAAUAGCAUUUUCCGUGAAAAAUGGACCUUUUAGGCAUAUUUUUCAUGUCGAUUCCACAAAGUAUCGUACUAUUUUCCAGACACUGUGAAAUGUUGGCUAUUUAGGCAAAAAACACCGAAAUCUCUCCUAUGUAAUAAAAGCAAAAUGCUUCAGUUUUCACGGAUUAAGAAAAAUGUGUUGCUUCAAAAGAGCAACAUUUUGUAUAAUUCCACGGAAAGUUAAACGUAGGUGCAUUUUACUCAUACAAAUAUUCAAUUUUUAACUGCGUUGGUUGUUAAAUCUGGUCAAAGUGCAUGUAAUGCUCUGCUCGUUUAAAUGGAACGAUAAAGCCUUUGAUUUUAACCUCUAAUAUGUUUAGGCGGUUUUUCUUUUCAAUUUUAUUUGACAUGAUAUUACGAACUGUAAUGCAGAAAUUCUGCAAGGUUUGACGUCUAAUGCUGUAGAAAUUCUCCGUGGUAUGGCGUCCAAUUCUGUAGAAAUUCUCCAUAGUUUGACGUCCAAUGCUGCAGAAAUUCUCCAUGGUAUGGCGUCUAAUGCUGCAGAAAUUCUCCAUGGCAUGGCGUAUAAUGCUGCAGAAAUUCUGCAAGGUUUGACAGCCUAAGCGUACAAAAAUUCCGCACGCCUCGACGUCCAGUGUUGCAGAAAUUCUGCACGCCUUGACGUCCAGUGCUACAAAACUUCUGCACGCCUUGACGUCCAAUGCUGCAGAAAUUCUUGGCAUAAAGAGCUCAUCUGUUGCAGAAUAGGAUGAUCCGUUUAUUUUUUUAAACAAAUUUAAAAUUAGACUACCUUGGAAUAAGGACAUUUAUAGCCGAAUUUACAUCACAAUCGCCGAGUGACAGUAUCGUCAAUAAUUCGUAUGAGAUAAAUUUUUUUCCACGAAGUUACCCGUUCAGUAAUUUUCAUUUCAACUGACUAUACAAGAUUUAAGAGUUUUGACUCCUCUUCCUUCCGUUCACAAGAUGAUGCAAUACUGUUGAUCCAAUAGCAUCCAAGAAAAUUACUCUUUCACUACUCACACGUAGAUUUCUAGGUGUCAUUUGCCUUGAAACAGAACAUUGUAUAGUUACAGGGGUUUGUAAGGUCUCCUUCUGUAUGUAUGGAUCUGAAAAAUUAAAAGAAAGAGAAGUUACAUCACAUGAAAAUUUUCAAAACGGGAUUUAUGAAUUCAUCAACACUAUCUUGACUAUGAUUUGAACAGGUCUUGGUAUAGCAAGGCUAACUUGGCUUUUGUGCAGAUAAUGUUUUACUGAAGUUUAGCUUUACUGAACCUUUCGUAUAACCGUGGGUUUACUGAAGCAAAUUAAAACGUACUCCUUUAGUGAAAUCGUUGGAACUAAUUCGAGAUGAGAGAGGACCGGUAAGAUAUUGCAGGUCUACGACGAAUUUUCGAAAAAUCAGUUCACGCGUCACGGAUAUAAAAGGGAAAAUUUAACCUCUCCUCUUGUGUGCAUGGUUUCAGGGAAAUCUUAAGUUUUUCACGCUGUGAGGAAAAAAAAAUUCAGGGUUCAAGUAUACUUCAGGCCUCGCACAGUUUCGUAAAUUCACGAAUAACGUUAACCUUUCAGUAAAAUUCACGUGUCACAUCUUAACUUUGGCCUUCAUCACGCGCACGUAUAAACCCUUGAUGAUGCACCGGUUUAUUCAUACCUCUAAGUUUCCUCUCAGGAGGUGAUUCUCCAGAGGGUCCAGCAAAGGAAUGUGUUGACUCUUGCAAAGAUUCGGCGCCGAUUAUUUUUGGUGAAAUGGUCAACUCUUGUUCCUGUUCAUUAAAGAUACGCAGCUCCUGAUUAUAUUAUUUUACUGAACCAUACUUCCAAUGCUCCCAUUCCCUUUAUCUUUCGGAGGCAUCUGGCGCACGAAAAAUUUAACGGACGCGAAUCAGAUGUGAGUUAGUUCAAGGGCUAUCUUUUUUUUUUCAAAGCUGACAGACUUAUGUAUCACCGAACUCGUGUCUUCUCAAUAUUUCCUCGCUUGUGAUAAAAUUUAGGGAGAAGAGAAGAGCGGCAGCGUCUGAGGUUUCCACACCUUCAAAUCAAUUAAGAAUUUGGCAUUUUCCCGUGAGUACUAAUCUAAUCAACUUAAAAGCUUCCUUGAUUCUUUCUCCUGCUCGUUAACUGUUCGAAAUGCCUCGCAACUAUACGACCUUGUCAACGCUAUACCUUUUAAAUCUGAAAUUUGAGCUUUUUUUCUUUACUGUACUGAGGAAACCGAUAUAUUUUUCUUCGUUCUGGCGGGCUGUGACUAAAAUUAGAACUGAGACGUGGAACUCGGGGACGUGAGACUCGGGAACGUGAGACUCGGGGACGUGAGACUCGGGGACGUGAGACUCGGGGACGUGAGACUCGGGGACGUGAGACUCGGGGACGUGAGACUCGGGGACGUGAGACUCGGGGACGUGAGACUCGGGGACGUGAGACUCGGGGACGUGAGACUCGGGGACGUGAGACUCGAGGACGUGAGACUCGGGGACCGUGAUAACUCUGGGUACAGAAUAGUUUCAACGCAAGGGGUCUUGAAACUAUUAAAAACGUCGUGGGCAGCUAUGGAGGACUUUCCUGGUGAGUAGCCGUGUUUUCUUCUCGAUCUUUAUAAUUAUAAGAGUUUAAAGGCUGACGUUUCGAGAGUUUGCCCUUCCUCAGAGCGAUUGGAUAAAGAUAAAUUAGAGCGAUUAGAUAACGAUAAAUGGUCAAGGUCGCUUAUUCGAUAUAUAUUUAACUUCAAUUUUAGUGAAUUAGUGAUAUUUUUCAUUCAGUUUUUGUAUCUGAUCAUAAAAUAAAGUUAUGUGACUUGAACUGUACGUUGUAUUGCUUACUUUCUUAACAUUUCAAUAUUCUAAAUUUUAGCAUGUGGCAUUAAGCCAUGUGCUAUUUUAGGUACAUAAUUUCUGUUGAAAGUUAAUUGACAGAAUAUUUGUGGCAUCUGUUUUGACUGGUUAGAGAAAGACCGUUAUAUUCCUGUAUCCAUCACGCCAUGAGUGAAUUUCUGCAACAUCUAGUAAAUGAGAGGAUGCAGAAUUUCUGCAAUAUUCAGUGUUUGAGAUAUGUGGUGAAAUAACGAACUGAAAUAACGAACUGAAAUAACGAACUGAAAUAACGAACUGAAAUAACGAACUGAAAUAACGAACUGAAAUAACGAACUGAAAUAACGAACUGAAAUAACGAACUGAAAUAACGAACUGAAAUAACGAAUUGAAAUAACGAACUGAAAUAACGAACUGAAAUAACGAACUGAACUAUCUUUCUUAUUCUGUUUACGCAACCGAUUGAUCUGCGGCGCAAGAAGCUUACCGCUGAAUCAUAAAACAAGAAAUGUGCUUCAGAGCCGAUCUACUCUUUUAAGAAAUCUGGAUCAAAGCUGACUUUCGAAAAAACCCAGCCCACAGAUGUGACUAAAUCUGGAUGAUGUUUUGUACCAUCUUCAGUUAUGAUAAGAUCUCCUGUUCUCAGGGCUCUCUCUCUCACUUUCUUUUUACAGAAAAAUCGACAAUCAAGGACUGGGAGAUCGUGCUAAUCGCAGCUGCAACAAUUUUCUUUUUUCUAUUGGUGGCUAUUGGCGUUUUGGCAGUGAGUAUUCAGUUAAUUUCUUUGCAUUUUUGCAAUGCGUAUUUAAUCAUCAAAACUACCAACCAUGGAAGGAUCGAAUUUGGUGUGCUCGGCAACAGAUACACAUGUACACCCUGUUUCAAUUGCAUACAUUUAAUUGGCUGGUCUAAGUUCUUGGUGACAAUUUGUAAACUCAAUCGAAAUCAAAUGAUUGAGAGCUUUACUGUAGCGUCAUUUAUACUGGUGAGGUAAGGGAGCGGCGAAAGGCAUUUGAGAGAAAAGUGGUGGGAAAAAAUGUGAACUUUCAAUUCGUUUCUUGGGCACGAAAAUUUUUAUUAUCACAAUGGGUUGGUUGUAGGAAAAUGAUGGCGUACGGCGUGGCUCCGACAUAUUUCUAUCAUGUCAACGACUGAAAAUUGUCAAGAAGGGUCAUACCAACAAAUACAGCAAGGCACACAGGCGGUGUAGUUUGCUGCUUAAGAGUAGCUCGAGCGUUCUUUUCAUUGACUCUUCUCUAUUUGAACAGGUGAAAUACAGAAACGCUGUUCAGGAUGAAAAGAAGGAAUUGUAUGCCCUUGAUGGAGACUGGCAACUAAUGGAAAACGGGCAUGAUGGCUUGAGGGCUCAGUCGCAGGUUUGUCGACCAGUGUCUUUUGGAGCUUACAUUGCUUUCCGGGGGUAACGAAGGAUGCCAUCUGUUGCUAACAGAGUUUAAAUGGGAGAACAUAGAAAAUUGACUGCCAAUGAGAGGGGGGUGGGGUAGGUCAUUAGAAUGCUACAGAGCCUUAGGAAAGGGGAUUAGGUAGAUUUUAGUGUUACGCAACCACAUUCCUUCCCCCCUUCCCGACAAUAAAAAAUGGAUGGUCUCUAAGACAUUUCCAUUAAUUUUUUCCUCGCCUCACUGAUCUUGGUAUCUUUGUUUUACAGAGCUAUACGUCUCCAAUGUAUGACAAAGUACUUGGAUCUGACAACAAGGCAUAUCAACUUGACAGUGCAUUGUGAAUUUAAUGAAAAAGAAAAAAUCAUCAACGAGGUCGAAAAGAUCAGCCAGUUUAAAAUGCUCUGUGGCCUCAUCCUAACAGUUGGUUUGAUAACAAAAUGACCUUAAUUUAGAUAUUCAAGCUAUCCAAGUUGAUGGUAAUAAAAUUCUGUUUCUCUGAGGUAUCACUUAACUUCACGUGCGAUAAAUUCGUUACAUACUAUUUCAGAAAAAAACGACAAACAUUUGAGGGAUUUAAGGAUCUAGAAAGUGUAACCGACAUUGAAAAUAUGUACACAGUUUUUUUCAUGAAUUAUUUUACAUUUGUCCAGUUAACAAACAAAUAAACCCAAUGCCGUGGGACCGUUUGGUAACAGAUCGGAUAUCAAGUCAACUUGACGUGUUGAAAGAAUCAGUGAUCAAUUACACUCUCACUUGCGUCACGAACUUUUUGUUCGUACAUCAUUUUGACAUGUCAUGUACUUCUUACCUUGCAAAGACAACGAAGUGAUAUCUGCAAAGCUGGAAAGGCUAGACUAAUUUGGCGCACGUGCAAAUCUCCUAAGAUUUUAUAAGAUGUUAUUCUACCUAAAAUAGCAAGGACAAAAAAGGAAAUUUGAAUCAAGAACAGCAGUACGUUCGCAUGAAUAAUGAAAUUGUGUGUCGGUCAUCCUCAGAGGUACUUGUGCAGCGGGAGAUAUUUGUUACUUAACGCAAACUUAACGAUGCAGAGAACUUAGUGAGUAACUAUGAACCAAAGGGCUAGGACAAUUUUUCAAGUUUACUCUUUGAUAUGCUUAGUGGUCAAUUUUUGUGACCUUUCGUCUCAAUACCUCUAAUAAAUUAGUUUCUAUUUUGCAACAAUCGGGUCUUUUUCUUUUUUUUGAGACUCAUGAUUUCCUCCCAGGGGAAUGACUCUAACAAAGAUUCCUAUGCAUGAGUGAAUUGUCAUGCAUUUUGUUACACUGUUCGUCAUUCGUUGCUCAGAGGUUUGGCAGUCGUAGUGGGAUUUCGUUGCCUUUGCGAGGGUGGAAAAGGGUUUAUACGAGACGCAUAAUUAAACUGUUGCUCUUGCCUUUUGAGGACUCGUUGGUUUACAAUUAGGGUUGGUGCAGUUAUGUACACAGCAGUACUCUUCAGUGACAGGUGUCCCUUUAGUUCACUUUUUCCACAACUCACCGGCAGCACUUGCCUCUAGGGGAUGCCCUCUAACUGAAGCCACUGUUUUAGGUUUAUCACCGGUUGUCAACACUGCAUGAGUAAAGCCUAAUGACCAACCAGGUCUUAAGCUAAACAUUUCGUUACCAGAAUCUUGGAAGGCUGAUUGAAACGAAGCCGAAUCGAUUCCAAAGACGUUGUAAAACUCGGGUGGGAGAGUUGACGCAUCACUCAUGUUUCUGUAUAUAUCUCUGUUCCUGAUGGAAGAAUAGUUGAAGAGCUUUCUGUUUACCCAACUAUUUUUAGUGCUUUAGUAUCUGUUAGCUGACUAUGCUGAGGCAUUGUUUGCAAAUUUCGGAAUGUUUCGCACUUUUGAUAUUCUUUGUUACACGAAGUGGUAAUGACCUCCGAAACCCAAAAUACUCAAAAUUUUUCAACUUCCGGCCUUAUCAUGAUGUGUUAGGAUUUUAAAUAACCCUCCGCCACCUUAUUUCACCCUUGGUAAUAGGCUUCUAUCGCUAAAUAUGUCAUGAUGUUGCGUUUUUCCAGUUAAUAUUUCAAGCGCUGCAGAGCAUUACAUCAUCAUGUCCCUAUUUACAAAUAAGUCUGAUACUCUCAUCAAUCAUUGGGAAACCAACAAAAGACAGAAACUCGUGCACUUAAUAAACAACAGCAAGUACCAAAACAGUCAUCGUCAGGUUCUUGGUGUGACAAUAUAGUUUAUGGAAUAAAAGUUGUGUCGCAGUAACACUGCUUCUGUUAUGAUAAACAGGAAGAUUAAACUGGGUCAUGGAAUUUACAUCCGCUCUCCUGGUUUUUGUUUCAUUAAAGUACACUCAGUGAAAAAAUUUAUAUCCUCUUAUUGUGUAUUGUGACGCUAUUCCGGCUUGAUCUGUCCUUAUUGCGCGUUUCAUUAAUCAGUGAAAACACUUAUAAAUUAAUCAACGACCGGUUUUAUCAAAGGAAUUCACGUCUUGUCAUUGAACGUUCCUGUCUUCGUGACUUCGUUUCAUCUCUUUUGAUCUCAGCUGAGGUCUCCUUACUAUUUGGCUGUUGGCUACUUGUAAUAAGUUGGUAUUGUACAGUCAAACUUCCAUUGAGCGGCCCUCUGUCAAACGGCCAGUCUUUAUGAAUCGGUCAGUGGAAAAUUCUCGGAAUUCAUUUCCCAUAUUUAUACCGUUGAUUAAAUCUCUGUUAACGAUAUCUGUCGUAUUGUCGUUUCUGUUUUUUUCACCACAUUAACCCCUCAUACCCGAGCAUCAAUAUGCAUAUUCUCCACACUGUUCUUUAUACAUUUCCUGGGGUGCUGAUCAUUUCCUUUAUUCUCAUGACCUCAAUGUGCGAUUCAGAAGUUAUAUUGUAGAGAGAAAUUACAUGCCAGUCACUCUUAGGAGUUAAAUGGUUGAGAGUAACAGUAAUUAUUUAGCCUCCAAAAUGCCUGAUUCUUUUGGUAGCCACCUCUUGUAACCGUUCAACACUUCGGAGCGAUUGGCUUCUAUUUUGUCCCGAAAAAAAUAUCACUCCUUACGAUAAUUUUCUUCACUCUUCAUCUGAGUCCUAAUUAACAUUCUGGGCCUGUUAUAUUCGCGUUGAGAAAGUGCCACCGCUUUCCUUCCUUAACUGAACACAAACUAAAAUUAUAACUCUGUGAUUAUCCAGAUGCAUUCAGAUUUAGGCUGCUAUGUCACACUUCUUUCCAAAUAUUGAAUAACUCCUCUGUCAGCCCAGCCCUCUCGACAAAAAUACUUUGCAGGUUCUAUGUUACUUAGACGUUUGUCUUUGUGCCAUCAGCAUUCCCACAAACAGGACCAACAGAAAUCUUAGUCAUGUUUUCCAACCUGUUUUCACUGCGAACGUUAAAAGAAAGAACGCGACCGGACGAAACCAUGCAAAGCUUAUUCACAUGCUCAAACCUCUCGUUGGUGUGGUUCGUAGAUUGUACACUUUGCCCAUUCUGAAGUUGCCUUUUAGCCAGGUCGGGGCUACCACUUAGCUGAGCUGCAAGUUUUCAAAAGGUUGUAAGUGCUAGUCUGCACGUUAGCUUUGAAGCUCGGAAGCCUCGCAUCCAUAUAGCAACAUGCAACAGGAAGCCAAGUAGCCAAGUGAGAAAGAAGUCUCUUGUAUGAGUGGUUUAGUAUCUCAGAAGCCUUUCAACCCUCUUCAGUUGUAGUCAGAUGUACAGGUGUCACGCAGUAACGAUUCUACACGGUUAGGCAACCAGGUGAUCAUGUACUGAUGGAGCUAUGUAGCUAUCAGGUCAUGUCAUAACUAUUUGUACAGUUAGCAGCCAGCCUAGAAGGAACUGACAUGUAACCUCGUACAACUGUCGCCUUGUAGUCACAUCAAGUCGCUUAGCCACUGAAAUCUAGCAGCAAUUUAGUUGCUUCUUUUCAGUUUGCACAUCAAAGAGUUACAGGAAGAACAUAGUCAUGCUCCUUACCAAAACAAUUUUCUGAGGUUUCUCAGCCGUCUUGAACGUUGUUAGGCCACUUAGGGUACGUAUCCAAAUAGCCCAUAUAAUGAGCCACUUUGCCGAGAAGAUUGCAGCUCGGUGGUUAAUGAUCGCUGAUAUCGAAUUUUUGGACAGCUGCCCAUGGUUUGAUAUUUUCUGCGAACUAUAGACCAGCAUCGAUUGGAGAGUAAAUUUUUUCUUCUGACCUGAGACAAACGAGAGUUUUUACGAAGGAAAUAUUGGCAAAAAAAAGAAAGCACUCCUUCCAAGCAUUGCAUUUUUAAAGCGGUGCAUCUUGCGAUAAGCUUAAUAAAAGUUUGUUAACAAUAAGCCUUGUGUGUGUACACAUUAACCUUUUUACCCUAGAACUAAAACUCUUUCAUUGGCUCGUUGAAUGUGCGCUGAUGGAAGCACUUAAACGCUUCAAUUCUUUUAAUGCUCAUCGUGACAAAUAGUCCUGUUUGAAAACCCCAUUAUCAUUUGAGCAAUAAAGAAUCAGUCUGCAAAUUAAGAAGGGAGAUGGAUAAUGCUAAUUCCUGGAUAAGAUGACUGCAUGCCCGUCAUAUAAAUCAAUUUAAUGUUAUAAAAAAUAGAUAUCGCAUCGGAUAAGUAUCAAGGAAAAUCACCGUAGCCAUUUGAACUGUUUGUUCGUAGACUCUACAAUAAGUAGGUACCGAGAUAAAAAAUAAAAACGUGCAAAAAAAUGCCACGCAAAUUUUUCAAAUUAUGAGACACGUUGAUUAGGAAAGCUGACUUUGUUUUGUGCCCCUUCUUUUGUAGCAGUCAGUGGAUGAGAAGAGAAAACUCACAAAUACUAAUCUUUUUAAAAAUCAUAUUAAUUGUUUACUUAGCCGUAUGUUAAUAAAAGGCACUUUUCUAAUUUUCUAAUUGGCCAUGUCAAAGACGACCUGCAAGACUGAUAACGCGAAUUUUAAAAAUCCAAUCAAAGGGAAAACGCUGUAUGAAAAGUAAAUUCUAUGUAUCUGAAAUUAUUAUCAUCCUGGGAGGCACGACUCC